GUGAAGCGCUGAGGGGGAAACAUGGCUCGUAGUUUACUGUGCAGAGCUGUCGGUGUUUUUCAGCUCAGCAGGAGAACAGCUCCGCUCGCUGGGACUCGUUUCCUCUCACAUACCGAACCGGAGCCGCUGACAGUGACACAGCAGGACAACGGAAUAAGGAGAAUAAUAUUGAACAAUCCCAGGAAGAGGAAUGCUCUGUCUCUGUCCAUGCUGGAAUCCCUCAGAGAGAACAUCCUAAGUGAUGCAGACAGCGAAGAUCUCAGAGUUAUUAUCAUAUCAGCCAAAGGUCCGGUGUUUUCCUCUGGACACGACCUGAAGGAGCUGACGUCAGCUCAGGGCAGAGAGUAUCACACACAGGUGUUUCACACCUGUGCAGAGGUAAUGACUCUGAUACAAGACAUACCUGUUCCUGUGGUUGCCAUGGUGAACGGUGUUGCCACGGCGGCCGGUUGCCAGCUUGUUGCCAGCUGUGACAUUGCCGUGGCGACUGAGAAGUCCACCUUCGCCACUCCUGGUGUCAACGUGGGUCUGUUCUGCUCGACACCGGCGGUGGCCAUCGGCAGAGCUGUGCCGAGGAAGGUUGCCAUGGAGAUGCUGUUCACCGGAACUCCCAUCUCAGCCCGUGAUGCUCUGCUGCAUGGUCUUAUCAGUAAGGUAGUGCCAGAAGAGCGUCUGGAGGAGGAGACAUUAGCCAUUGCCCAACGUGUAUGUCAGGCUAGUCGACCUGUCGUAGCCCUUGGCAAAGCCACUUUCCAAAGGCAAAUGGCUCAAGGCCGAGAUGCAGCUUAUGCCACUGCCUCCAAGGUGAUGGUCGACAAUCUGGCACUGAGAGACGGACAAGAGGGGAUCCAGGCCUUCAUAGAGAAACGCAAGCCAGUGUGGAGCCAUAAAGCAGAAAAAGCCCAUGAUUGAUGGACGGUUAGAGAUAUCUUUAUCACAGAAGAUCACUGCAGUGAUCGACUUAUUAUCCUGACUGGUGCACAGUCACUGGUGGAAUAAUUAGCACCAGUCCUGAGUCAGUGAUUGGGCUAUACAACUGUUAAAAUGCAGAUGCGUAAUUUGCAGGAUGAUAAGGUUUGAAGUUUGAAUUUGCUGACUUCACCUUCCCUGAGGAUUUCCUCAUUGUUGCUGAAUCUAAAGUCAAGUAUCAGAACCAUUGUGUGCCUUAAAAACUGCAGUGUGGAGAUGAGAAAGAAAUACACAGGAGGACUCAAGAUGAUUGAUGCCAUAAUGGACUCUUAAAGCUGAAGAAUGCUGCUCUAUGUACAGUAUAUUUCUAAUGUUAAAUGCAGUGAAUAGGCUUACAAAUUAUUAGGAGUUACUUUGAAUGUGCAAGGUUCUGGAGGUUAAAGUAUUCAAUAAUUUUAGUAUCUAUUGUGGGAUUUUUUACCCCAUUUGAGUCCAUGAAGAAUUUAAUUUGUUGUACAUCUGCUUGCCUGCCAUGUGUUUCCUCUCCUUAGCAACAGUAGUUGUACAAAAGUGAUGGAAAAAAACCCCCACAUAAUUUAUCAGAAGCAAAAGUUUAUGGGUCUGACUAGGAAUCAUUUGAAUAUUCUCAGACUACUGAGCAUAUUAAACAAACAAGGUUUAGGAAAUUGUAAUGCCAAAGUUCAUUAAUAUUUAAUUUCAUACAAUUUGAGGUUGAUUAACAAAAGGCUAAUAAAUAAUAGAUCAAAAGGUAUUAGAGUAUAAAAUGUAUAGUGUUAAGAAACAUUUCUGAUUCACGUAUGGUAUUUCAUUUUGAAGUUGUAAUCUGGUCACAUGACCAAAGUUCGGUCAGGUAGACGGACUGUGGAAUUGUGGGAUAGAGCCAGCGGAGCCAGAGGAAUCACACACUCAUGUGGUCCGAGAGGCGCACACGGUAAUUGUUAUAAUUAGUUUGUAUUGUGUGAAAUAUUGUUGCCGGACUUUACAUGGACGCAGAGACACAUUUUUUAUUGUUUUAUUUUAUUUAAGCACAUUCUAUCGUGCUAACAUUUAUUCAAUGCACUGUUGGAAAUUACGUUGAUGAAUUGAAAGGAAGUUUAAUUGAUACGUGGUUUAAAAGGUUUUCUUUUCCUGUAGUUUUCACUGUGUCCUCUGAACGAGCAGAGUAAGAGAGAGAGAAAAUAAAGCUUCAGUGGCAUCAGUA